AGCGCAAGCGACCCUCAAGUAUCGCGGGCGGUUGCCUCUGCGGCGCUAUCCGCUUCGCAAUCCGCUUUCCAAAUGACUCUGACUGGCCUCCAAAAGGCGUACGUGAUAACCUAUCUAUUUUGUGGAUGAAUUGCUGAUGAAUUCUAGAACGGCAUCUGCCAAUGCACCAUGUGUCGCAAGCAUUCCGGCUCGCUCCUGCCGCAGAACAUAUCCUUUCCCGUCGCGCACCUCACUCCCAACCUUGCCUCUUUUCCAACCUACAAAACCUAUUCCAGCGGGCCGACUACUUCGCGCGGAUUCUGCUCCACAUGCGGGUCCCCACUGACCUUCAACGACGACAAAAACCGAGAUCUUAUCGAGAUCAACAUCGGCUCCUUCGACGAGGAGGUGCUGAUCGGAGAGAAGGUGGAAGAAGAUGCGUGGGAAGACGAGUACGGCAGGCACGUGCCGAGGAAGGGCGGCUGGGGGUACGAAUUAGGGUUCCCUAAAUAUCACAUCUUUGCAGAGAAUGAGGUGAAAGGUGUGACCGAUGGGUUCGAGGGGACUAAGUGGCUGACUGAUCGGGAGGGUGGAACGUCCUUCAGAGGGAAAGUGAGUGGCAUGAAGAGGGGCGUCUGAAGCGCGUAGAGUGGUUUCAGGAGGGUUGUACGGGAGGUGAGUCAAAGUGGAA